CAAACUCAAUUGCAACUGCAACUAUAUAUAUAUGCAUGAUCAAAUGCCUAGCGAUCACCAUUUUCAUAGAGAGAAACCACCACUUCAUCAAAUUUAAACUUCUUCUCAUAAACAAUGGAGAUCGAAAUAAAAGUAAUCUCUACAGAAACCAUCAAACCAUCUUCUCCAACUCCAAAAUCACUGCAAAAACACAACCUAUCAUUUCUCGACCAACUCGCUCCACCCUUCUUCAUGCCUCUCGUCUACUUCUACUCAUCAAACCCCAAAAUCCCCAAUUCCCAAAAAUCAGACCACCUCAAGAAAUCCUUGUCGGAAACCCUCUCGAGAUUCUACCCCCUCGCAGGCCGCCUCGCCGACAACCUUCACGUCGACUGCAACGACGGCGGCGCGCCCUUCUCCGAAGCCGAAGCCGACUGCGACCUCUCACAAGUCAUCACCAAUCCAAACCCUAAAGACAUGAACAAAUUCCUCCCUUUCUCACUCAACCACCCAUCCCUAGAUUUCUGCAUGGCGGCUCAAGCCACCUAUUUCCGCUGCGGCGGCGUCGCCGUCGGCCUCCUCAUCUCCCACAAGAUCGCUGACGCCUUGUCGUUCUUCUCAUUCGCCAACUCCUGGUCCGCCGCCGCCAGAGGCGGCACCGCCGACGCCCCGCCGCUCCCGAAGUUCGACGCCGCCGCUUACUUCCCGGCUCGGGACAUCCGCGGCUACAAGGCGAGCACCGGAAUGAUGAAAGAAGAGCUCGCCACAAAAAUCUUCACAUUCCACACCAAAAAAAUCGCAAUUCUCCGGGAUCGGUAUGCCGCCGCUGCCGCCGCCUCCGGCGGCGGAGUCGGCAGCGAGCGGCGACCGACACGGGUGGAGGCACUGUCGGCUUUUAUAUGGAGCCGGUUCAUAUCGGCUACGGGUAUGAGAGCCGACCCGAAUAAGAUCUACACGGUGCAGCAUGCGGUGAACCUCCGGACCCGGACCGACCCGGUCCUACCCGAAUACCACUUCGGGAACAUAAGCCGCGUGGCGAUAGCCAAGCCGGCGGUGGGGAGCAGCGGGGUGACGGACGGCGGCGUGGAGCUAGUGCGGAGGGUCCGGGAAGCCAUUAAGGCCGUGGACGGCGGCUUCGUGGCUCGACUGAGAGAAGGUGGGGAGCAUUUGGAUCUGAUGAAGGAGAGGAUGGCUCUAGCCAAUAAGGGCGAGCUGGUUAGCUUCAGCUUCACGAGUUUGUGUAGGUUUCCGGUUUAUGAAGCGGAUUUCGGGUGGGGCAAACCGGUUUGGGUUGGGUCGGCUGGGUUCGCGUACAAGAAUUUGGUGACUUUUAUGGAUACUAGAGAUGGAGAUGGAAUUGAGGCAUGGGUUAACUUGAGGAAAGAGGAUAUGGAGAAAUUUGAGGCUGAUUUGGAGCUCCAGGACUUUCUCUCAUACCACAAAAAUUACUUCAAUUUCACAUAAUUAAGAGUUAAUUAAUCUCCUUAGCUAAAUCUAUGUUGUUUUUGAAUAUUUGUCUUUGUUUUUUUUGUUAUAUAUGGUUUGUAAUUGGUGUAUAACAGUGUGUAUUACUCCUUUCAAAUGUGAUCAAUAUAUUUUGUUUUAGAGU